ACCACUUCGAGUCCAUAGAGUUCACGGGAAGCUUAAUUUAGAAGUUUGUCCUGUUGAAAAUAAGGGAACCUUCCGAGCUCUUCUGAGAUUCAGAGCUAAUUCUGGAGAUAAAGAUUAGAAAUAGGAUCGAAAAAUGCACUUUACCUCUCACUAAAAACACAAAAUGAAAUUAUUUAUGCUAUUAAUGAUAUAAUGCUGAAGAAAUUGGUUGAGAUAAUAAAUUAAGCGAAAUGUUUUACUGUUCUUACAGAUGAAACGACAGACGUCUCAACGCAAGAAACAAGCAUCAAUCGGCGUGAGAUACCUACAUAAUAAUGGCGUUAGAGAAGAUUUCCUUCAGUUUGUACCUGUUUCUGAUUUAAUAGGUAAGAACUUUGUGACAAUCAGUUUAAAUUCCUUACGGGAGUUUGGAAUCGAUACAAAUUUUUUGAGGAAACAAGCCUAUGUAACAAAAUAGCAUUCGACUGCAAUAUAUGUCCAUUGUGAAUCCCAUAGCUUAAACCUUGCUAUACGUGCAAUUAUGUUCAUUCUUUAUAAUCCGUUUACAGGUGAUGGGUAAAGUAUUUUCCUUAAACUUACCCCUUGCUCGAUCUUUGCAGCAUGAAGAUAUCGAUCUUUUGGAUGCCAUGCACAAUCUUAAAGGGAUAGAGAAAGUGAGAUCAAAUGCUGAACAAGAAUUUGUAACAAUAUAUAAACUAUCAAAGACUAUUGCUGAAUUACUUAGUUCCGCAAUAAAAACCCCAAGAAGAACUGGAAGACAAACAGAGGUGCACCAUUGAAACAGACACUUCUAAAUCAUAUUUUAGGAUUUCCAUAUUUUUGAAUUCCUUUUUAAGUGAAUUAAAUCGUCGUUUUCUAAAACAUGAAGAAGUACUGGGAAGUUUUGAGAAUCUAAUGCCUACCAGCAAUGCUGAAGCCACCAAAAUACAGGAAGAAAGUUUAAAAAACUACUGAAUUUCUAUCAAGAAGAUAUACAAAUUAGUGAUGUUGCUGCCAUUGGAGAACUUCAUAUGUGGUACAAGAGAGUAAAAGAUUUGAAAAUCAGCUCAAGGAAAGUAAUUAGUUACGACACUGCCUGCCAUAAGGAUGUUUUCCCCACUAUGAACACCUUUAUGAAAAUUCUUGCCACUUUUCAUGUGUCCACAAGCACUAGUGAAAGGUCCUUUUCGUCUCUACGAAGACUGAAAGCUUACUUAAGGAGCACAACUGGACAGCAAAGGUUAAACGGGCUUGCUAUGCUUAAUAUCAACAGAGAGCUAGAUAUCACUGCUAGUUUAGACAAGUUAGCAAAAACACCUCUCCGCACCGACUUGAAUUUAGAUUGUCCUAAAUAAUUGUGUAUAAACUUCUGUAGAGUGGGGAACGAUCGCAAUUUUUUAUUUAUAUAUUUUAUAUUUAACUUCUGAAAUAACAAUAUGUUGGACUGGUUGACUGGUGGGGGUAACUCCCUCCCAUGAGUCAUCUCUAGUUACGCCACUGAUUGUAAUUGGUGUAGGUACAGUACAAAAUUGUUUAAAAGUGUUGCACGGUGUGUCAUUCUAUUAAUCGUUCAGCUUUUCGUUCUUAUUUUAUUUCAGUUUUUCUGCUUCUUGUAUAAAAAUUGCCGACGUAGAUGCCCCAUCU